AUGAGUUCUCCGACCAGUCUAGAGGAUAUGGCCAUUAUUCCCGAUUCAAACUCCCAUGAAUCAAAACAGGAAUCACCAGAUAGCAACACCAAUGUUCACGGAGAAAUAGGCAAGAAUACAAAUAAUAGUAAUAUCAGCAUCAACCCACUGAAUCAUCAGUUACGAUUUUAUGACAGUGAUUUUGUAAUGGAUAAUGAAUAUAAUGAUUAUGAAGAAUUACGAAAAGCAUUAGUGAACAAACGAAGAUUAUCAAGUGUCAGACGCCAAGAUGUCGAAUUUCAGGAAGAAAUCGAUAAGCGUUCAAUUUUAAGACUACCAACGGAAAUUUUACUACAAAUAUUUCAUUAUUUGGAAAGAAGAGAUUGGUAUUCCUUGUUAUCUACGUGUUCAGAGAUUGCGGACUUGAUUAUUGAGAUGUUAUGGUUUCGCCCUCAUAUGCAAAACGAUUCUGCUUUCAAAAAGAUAAAAGAAGUUAUGGAAAUCCCCAAAUCCCAAACCCACUGGGAUUACCGCCAGUUCAUUAAACGAUUGAAUUUAUCUUUCAUGACCAAAUUGGUCGACGACGAUUUAUUGAAUUUGUUCAUUGGAUGUCCUCGUUUGGAAAGAUUAACAUUGGUGAACUGUGCCAAACUAACCAGAAGUCCAAUCACAAAGGUUUUACAAGGAUGUGAAAGAUUACAGUCUAUUGAUUUGACUGGUGUCACUGAUAUUCAUGAUGAUAUAAUAAAUGCAUUGGCCGAUAAUUGCCCUCGUUUACAAGGAUUAUACGCGCCCGGUUGCGGUAACGUCUCAGAAGCAGCCAUAAUAAAUUUACUAAAAUCGUGUCCUAUGUUGAAGCGAGUCAAGUUUAAUGCAAGUACUAAUAUUACUGAUGAAAGUAUAUUGGUUAUGUAUGAAAAUUGUAAAUCUUUGGUUGAAAUCGAUUUGCAUGGCUGUGAAAAUGUCACUGAUAAAUACCUUAAACAGAUAUUCUUGGAUUUGGCACAAUUGAGGGAGUUUAGAAUUAGUAAUGCACCAGGAAUCACUGACAAACUAUUUGAACUAAUUCCAGAAGGACAUAUAUUGGAGAAGUUGAGAAUAAUAGAUAUAACUGGUUGUAACGCAAUAUCCGAUAAAUUGGUUGAAAAAUUAGUAUCAUGUGCUCCAAGAUUAAGAAACGUAGUAUUAUCCAAAUGUUUGCAAAUAACCGAUGCAUCAUUGCGUGCUUUAAGUCAAUUGGGCAGAAGUUUGCAUUAUAUCCACUUGGGUCAUUGUGGACUAAUCACAGAUUACGGUGUUGCGGCGUUGGUGAGAUAUUGUCAUCGUAUUCAAUAUAUUGAUUUAGCAUGUUGUUCACAAUUGACUGAUUGGACACUCGUUGAGUUGGCCAACUUACCCAAAUUACGAAGAAUAGGGUUGGUAAAAUGCUCCAUGAUUACAGAUUCAGGAAUAUUAGAAUUGGUCAGAAGACGAGGCGAACAAGACUGCCUUGAAAGAGUUCAUUUGUCAUACUGUACCAACUUGACAAUCGGUCCAAUUUAUUUGUUAUUGAAAAAUUGUCCAAAAUUAACGCAUUUAUCAUUAACUGGUAUAUCAUCCUUUUUAAGAAGAGAGAUUACUCAAUAUUGUCGUGAUCCACCACCAGAUUUUAAUGAACAUCAAAAAUCUUUAUUCUGUGUUUUCAGUGGACACGGGGUCAAUCAGUUACGUAAUUACUUGAACCAAGUUGUCGAAGAACGAACAUACCAAGGUGAUAUUCACACGAUAUUCAAUGAACGUAGAAGAAGGUUCUUAAACGGUGAUUUUGAUAUGGAUGACGAAGAGUUGAAUAUUUGGGAAAGAAGACGAAUGGUUACACCAGGAGCUGCGGCAGCUGGAGCAGGAGCCGCUGCAGGUAUCAGAGGUAUUGGGGCAGCAGCAGCAACAACAACAGGCGCAACAGGUGGGACAGGCACAGUAAUAACACCAGAUUUAACACAUCCUGACAUGGCAGAAAUUAAUCGAGAAAUAUUCAGAGAAUUGAACGAAGGAAAUAUGGGUCCUGAGGAAAUGAGAGAGCAUUUCCAAAGAUUAAUUAGAAACCAUCAUCAACAACGAUUGUUAGAAUCCCAAAACAGAUUAAAUCAGAGAAUGGCUGUUCUUCCAACAACAACACAACAGCAACAGCCACAGCCACAGCAACAACAACAACAAAACCCACAGAAUGCUCCUCAAAUUGAACAACCUGCUGUUUUCCCAAAUGAUAAUACAAAUAAUAAUAAUAACAUCAAUAAUCUACCCGUAGUGCUUAAUGAAGAUGAAGAUAUUGAAAUGGAAGCAGCAGAUCUUUUCCCUAGAAAUACAUGA